GCGCCCUCGAAGCUUCCGCCAGGCCCUUCCGGAAAUCCAGUAUCGUGGGGCGACGGCGUAGAAAGUGCUUCCCGGAGCGCCGAAGAGGUCAUCAAUCAUGUGACGGUGGCUUGAGGAGGAACCUGUCUUUAAAGCUGUCCCUGAAGUGACAACGGAGAGAACCAGGCAACCCAGAAACCCCAGGCGUGGAGAUUGAUCCUGCGAGAGAAAGGGGUUCAUCAUGGCGGAUGACCUAAAGCGAUUCUUGUAUAAAAAGUUACCAAGUGUUGAAGGGCUCCAUGCCAUUGUUGUAUCAGAUAGAGAUGGAGUACCUGUUAUUAAAGUGGCCAAUGACAAUGCUCCGGAGCAUGCUUUGCGACCUGGUUUCUUAUCCACUUUUGCCCUGGCAACAGACCAAGGGAGCAAACUUGGACUUUCAAAAAAUAAAAGUAUCAUCUGUUACUAUAACACCUACCAGGUGGUUCAGUUUAAUCGUUUACCUUUGGUGGUGAGUUUCAUAGCCAGCAGCAGUGCCAAUACAGGACUAAUUGUCAGCCUAGAAAAGGAACUUGCUCCAUUAUUUGAAGAAUUGAGACAAGUUGUGGAAGUUUCUUAAUCUGACAGUGGUUUCAGUGUGUACCUUAUCUUCAUUAUAAUAACACACUAUCAAUCCAGCAAUCUUUAGACUACAAUAAUACUUUUAUCCAUGUGCUCAAGAAAGGGCCACUUUUUCCAACUUAUACUAAAGAGCUAGCAUAUAGAUGUUAAUUUAUGGAUAGAUCAGUUGCUAUAUUUUCUGGUGUAGCGUCUUUCUUAUUUAGUGUGAUCUAGGGAUACCACAGAAAUGGUUCAGUCUAUCACAGCUCCCAUGGAGUUAGUCUGGUCGCCAGAUAUGGAUGAGAGAUUCUGUUCAGUGGAUCAGAAUCAAACUGGUACAUCGAUCCACUUGAGCCGUUGAGUGCUCCCAAUUGUACAAUAUGCCCAGGCUUGCAGAAUGAAGCCAACUUUUUAUUGUGAAUAAUAAUAAGGACAUAUUUUUCUUCAGAUUAUGUUUUAUUUCUUUGCAUUGAGUGAGGAACAUAAAAUGGCUUGAUAAAAGUAAUAAAAUCAGUACAAUCACUAACUUUACUUUGUACAUAUUAUUUUGCAGUAUAGAUGAAUAUUACUAAUCAGUUUGAUUAUUCUCAGAGGGUGCUGCUCUUUAAUGAAAAUGAAAAUUAUAGCUAAUGGUUUUUCCUCAAACUCUGCUUUCUGUAACCAAUCACUGUUUUAAUGUUUGUGUGUUCUUUAUAAAAUUUAAAUACAAUUCGUUAUUCUGUUUUCAAUGUUAGUAUGUAUGUAAACAUGAUAGUAUAGCCAUUUUUUUCAUACGUGAGUAAAAAUAAAAUCGUAUUUUUAAAAAUAUAGUUUGAGCACUAUAUAGGUCCUGUUUUUGUUCAGACUUUUUCCAAAAAUCUAAACUUAAUUACUCUUUCAGCCACAUGAAUAAAUAAUGAGUGUUUCUUGUAGGUAUUGGUUUGGAGGUUGUUUUAUGGUAGUAUAAACUGUUAAUUGGAAAAGAAACCUCAGGUUGCAGUCAGCCGAGAUUGCGCCACUGCACCCUAGUCUGGGCAACAGAGACUCCGUCUCAAAAACAAAACAGAAAAGAAACCAAGAAACCUCAGGCAUGAAGCUAAUUUAAUCUCCAUGAAAGAGGUACUACAGUUCUAGAAUAUGCCCUUUAUGUUCAGGAAUGCAGUCUAUCAUUCAGAGUUGUUAAUUUCUUUCUAGUUUCUUUGACAAUCAAUUUUUCCCUGGAACAGUUCAGUACAUGUGCAUUGAGCACCUGUGUGCCAGUCAGCAGAGCUAUCACAUUGCACAAUUCUAAGAAGCACCAUUCAUGUCACAUCAUAUUUCUAUGCUCUGGGAGUUGCUUUUCACAUAGAAUAUGUGUGAUUGUUAUCCCUAAAAUUGUGCAGUGAGGCAAUUGGCUAGGUGCUGUGCUG